UAUAGACCGACAGUUGCUACUUGUGCCCCAUAGCGUGCGGUUUCACAUUAGUCAAGUCAAUUGGUCGCCUGCAACAACACUGUAAUUAGAUAACAAUAAUAAAAGUGAUAAACAAAACAAAAAGUUGUAGAGCGUUUGAAUAGUAUUAUAUACUAUAUAUAUAUAUAUAUACAUAUGUAUAUAUAAGCGUAGUAGAUAAUAAUUACGUGUAGUACUAAAUAUACAUACAUAUAUCAAAACGUAAUCAAUUAAAAAAGUUUACUUCGACAAAGGGGAAUUUUCGUUUAUUCUCGGUGCAGCUAUGACGGGCAACUCAGCAAAUGCAGAAGUGCUGGCGGAAACAACGCUUGGCACCGUCAAAGGUAAACGCAAUACGUCCGUUUACGAUGACAACUACUACAGCUUUGAGCGCAUACCCUUUGCGCAGCCCCCACUGGGUGCAUUACGCUUUAAGGCGCCUCUAGCCGCGACACCGUGGCAAGGUGUGUUGGAUUGUACGCAAAAAGCCGAAAAGCCGUUGCAGAAAAAUGCUCGCACAAAUGAAAUCGAAGGCGACGAGGACUGUUUAUAUCUGAAUAUAUAUGCGAAGAAGCUAAAAUCAGAAAAUUCGCUGCCUGUCAUGGUCUUUCUUUACGGUGGUGGCUUUGAAAUAGGCGAUCCGACACGUGAUCUGCAUGGCCCCGAUUAUUUGAUGAUGAAGGAUGUCAUUCUAGUCACAAUUGCCUACCGGCUGGGCCCAUUAGGUUUUCUUAGCUUGCACGAUCCCAUAGUUGGCACCCCGGGCAAUGCGGGUCUGAAAGACCAACUUCUUGGCUUACAGUGGGUUAAAGAAAACAUCAAAAAUUUUAAUGGCGAUUCGAAUAACAUAACUCUUUUCGGUGAGAGCGCCGGCUCUGCGUCCACACACUUUAUGAUGCUGUCACCGCUGGCGAAAGGACUCUUUCAAAAAGCUAUACUUAUGUCUGGCACCGUACUCUGCCCAUGGGCGCUGUCGCCGCUGAAGGCCUUACCAAAACGUUUAGCACAAGCUAAUGGCUACACUGGCGAUGACAAUGAUCACGAUGUACUCGAGUACCUGCAACAGUUACCCGCUGCCGAUCUGUUACGUCACAACUUGCUUACCAAAGAGGAGAAGUUGGAUGAUUGCUUUUUCGCAUUUGGCCCAGUAAUUGAACCGUAUUUAACAGAGACAUGUAUUAUACCGAAGCAACCGAUUGCUCUGUUUGCCGAUGCUUGGGGCAAUGAUAUACCCGUUAUAAUUAGUGGUACAUCUUUUGAGGGUCUUCUCAUGUUUGCGCGCGUCCAUAUGGCACCGUUCCUUUUGCACGAGUUAAACGAAAACCAACAACAUAUGUUGCCAUUGGAGUUGAAACAAAAGCAUGACAUACAAACGCAAAGAGAAUUGGCAGCGAAAUUGCGCGAAACACAUUUUGCCGAGAGGGAAUUGCAGAUGGAACAUAUACUCAACUACUGCGAGUACGCCUCGUAUAAAGUAUUCUGGCAUCCCAUAUUGCGCACCGUCAAGGCGCGGUUGCGACAUGCACGCGCUCCCACCUACCUUUACCGCUUCGAUUUCGACUCUCCCGACUUUAAUCACCAGCGCAUCCGCUAUUGUGGUAAAGAAGUACGCGGCGUUUCACAUGUCGAUGAUCACUCGUACUUGUUCUUUGGCGAUUUUGCUUGGAAGCUGGACAAAGACACGGCUGAAUUUCGUACAAUCCAACGGAAAAUAGAUAUUUGGACUUCGUUUGCCGCAAACUCUGAUCCGAAUUGUGAUAAUCUCGGCGGUAACAAAUGGAUGCCGCUGCAAGCUGAUGGCAAGUUGCAUUGCCUAAAUGUAAGUGAGGAUUUAGAAGUGAUCGAGUUGCCGGAAAUACAUAAACUACAAGUGUGGGAUAGUCUGUAUGAAGUGGCGGAAGAGUACCGUUUCUACGGAAUGGCACAGGUGCAGCCGCAGUUUCCGUUAUUACACCGUAGAAGACAGUUGCCCAAAUUAUGGAUUCGCAGUAAGUCGCACGACGGCCGGGAAAUUCUGGAGCCAAUAGUGUCCACCGCAAGUGGCAAGUUGAGAGGUCAACUCUAUUACAGUUUCGAUGGCAUACCUUAUGCGAAGCCACCACUUGGUAAAUUACGCUUCAAAUCACCACAGCCUGUCGAGCCUUGGCUUGGCGUACGGGACUGUACCAUAUGUUCGCCCAAAUGUAUGCAAAGCAAUCGUUCCAAUGGCGCGAUUGAGGGCAAUGAGGAUUGCUUGUAUUUAAAUAUAUUUACGAAGAAGCCACGUUCUACAAAGCCCUUACCGGUCUUAGUUUAUUUGAUUGGUGGAGCUUUCACAACCGGAGAUGCCUCACGAAAUAGCUGGGGUCCCGAUUACUUUAUGAUGAAAGAUGUAAUACUUAUAAGUAUUGGAUAUCGCUUAGGUGCCUUAGGCUUCCUCAGUUUCCCGGAACCCGAACUUCAAGUGCCCGGUAAUGCGGGCCUCAAAGACAUCGUCAUGGCAUUGCAGUGGAUAAAGAAAAAUUGUCAGUACUUCAACGGCGAUCCCGAUAAUAUAACACUGAUCGGACAUAGCUCGGGCAGCUAUGCAGCACAAAUGCUCAUGUAUGUGCCGCAAUGUGAAAAUCUCUUCCACAAAGUAAUACUAAUGUCCGGCAUGCAAAUGCACUUACGCCGCAUUCCCCAACUGGAAUAUCGCUUCGCCAAACACUUGGGAUAUAAGGGCAAAGAGAAUAACCACGAUAUACUUGCCUAUCUCAGCGCAUUGCCAGCAGAGCGCCUUUGCAAUCUUCAAAUUUGGACACCAGAAGAACUGAAGCAAUGCCCUCCUUUCGUAUUCUCUCCUACGCUCGAAAAUGAGUCUGCGCCAGAUGCUAUACUGACCAAGGACCUACUUGAUAUGUAUGCCAAUAAGCAAUCUUGGUGUCACAGUAUGCCGCUGGUGUUAGGUGGCAACUCAUUUGAGGGUCUUUUGCAUUACAACUAUUUCACCAAGAAACCUGAACUAUAUGAAACUCUCAGAAAGCAUCCUGAGUACUUGCUCCCAUAUGAAGCCAGAGAGAAAUGUGAUGGGCACACACAACAACAACUCGCAAAGAAGCUUAUACACAUGCAUUUAGGUGCGAAGGAAUUGGAUAUUGAGCACUCGUUUGAUCUUAGGCAUCUAAACUCAUUCAAGCUGCAGCGUGAUACGAAGGAGUUUAUGAUGAUUGAAUGCAUGAUAGAUUGGAUAACAGCCUUUGCUCUCUAUUCGGAUCCGAAUUGUGAAAAGCUAAGCAGUUUAGUUUGGGAACCACUGACAGCAGAUACUCGUUAUUGUCUUAAUAUUAGCGAUAAAAUGAGCUUUAUCAAAUGGCCAGAGGAAGAUAACGACCAGUUGAAAAUACACAGCAUGGCUGCACAUUUUGACGAAAAUACCAAACAACCGAUAAUUUCCACAACACAUGGACAAGUGCGUGGGCAAUUGCGUGAUACCGUUUAUGGCGAUCAGUAUUAUUGCUUCGAUGGUAUACCCUACGCCAAGCCGCCGUUGGGAGAACUCCGUUUCAAGUCACCACAGUCAGUUGAUCAUUGGGAGGGUGUGCGCGAUUGCACUGAAAUCGCACCUAAAUGCAUACAAUAUAAUCGUUAUACCGAUACCAUUGAGGGUUCCGAAGAUUGUCUAUAUCUGAAUAUUUAUGCCAAAAAGCUUAAGUCGGAAAAACCACUGCCUGUUAUGGUUUAUAUACAUGGUGGUGGUUUCACAACUGGCAGUGCGUCUCGUCUUAACUGGGGACCAGACUACUUCAUGAUGAGAGAUGUGAUAUUCGUAACAAUUGGACAUCGUGUGGGAGCGCUGGGUUUCCUCAGUUUCCCAGAACUUGAACUGCAGGUUUCCGGAAAUGCCGGACUCAAAGAUAUUGUAGCAGCAUUAAAAUGGCUUAAAAUAAAUUAUCACAAUUUCAAUGGCGAUCCAGACAAUAUUACGCUCUUUGGACACAGCGCGGGUGGUGCCGCCACUCAUAUACUUAUGAUGGCACCGCAAUGCGAGGGGCUAUUUCACAAAGCCAUACUCAUGUCCGGCACAGUUAUACACAUUCGCGAAAUACCCAAUUUACAGCUCCGUUUCGCCAAACAUGUUGGUUAUGAAGGUUCCGAAGACAACGAAAGCAUAUUAAAGUAUCUGCAUGGACUUGAAGCGAAGAAAUUAACCAACGUUGAUUUCCUAACUAAAGAAGAAAAAGAUCGAAAUUUAACCUAUCUAUUCUUUCCGACAAUAGAAAAUGGCAACGCAGUGGAUGCAAUAAUUACUAAAGAUCCAUUCGAGGCGUUUGCUGAAAUAACGGCUUGGUCCCAUAGAAUGCCGCUAAUGUUGGGUGGCACCUCUUUGGAAUCACUCUUGAGUUACAAGUUCUACACAACUACUCCGGAGCUCUACGAUAUGCUUAAUUUGCAUCCAGAAUACGUGCUCUCCAGCGAAAUAAUUCGAAAAUGCGAUUUGCUAACGCAAAAAGCGCUAGCAAAGAAGUUAAUCAAAUUGCAUAUAGGCAAUGAAGUAAUGAAUAAAGAGAAUGCGCUAAGCCUGAUAAAAUUAGCAUCGUAUGGCUCUUAUUACCAUCCCAUGCACCGCUAUAUGUGUGCCCGUCUUCAGCGUGCGAUAGCACCAACGUAUCUCUAUCGCUUCGACUUUGACUCGCCGGAUUUCAAUUUGUAUCGCAUUAAAAAGUGUGGUCGAAAUGUGCGAGGCGUAGCGCACGUCGAUGAUCUCUCCUAUAUAUUUUACAUGCCAGAAUCGUUUAAGUUGGCACGUGACUCUGCUGAAUUCCGUACCAUAGAAUAUAUGUUGGAUUUAUUUACAACAUUCGCCGGCACUUCCGACCCUAAUGUAGGCUCCAUUAAGCCAACUGUUUGGGAACCGCUGUCGGCAUUUGGCGAACACAAAUGUUUGAAUAUCUCCAACGAAAUUAGUUUUGUGGAUUGGCCCGAAUCGGAAAUAUGUAAGAUUUAUGAUGUAUACUACAAAGAGGCGGGUGUGAAGCUAUUUUGAAUGUUAACGUCGGGUCCAAAAGAGAUCAAGUAGAUACUAUUUAAUUAGCUAUUAUUACAAUAAAGAAAAUUAUAUAACUGUAAUAAAAUCUGAAAAUUAUUAUAUAUAAUUAAAGUUAA